CGCACUCCGUACUUGCACGCGCACACACGCACACGCACACACUAGUAGUUUGACUGUUCUGUCAAGCCAUCAUCACUCGGACGAAUUCAACUUUAUUCUUCUGGACAACAUCUCUAAAGUAUCUUUUCUUCGAGUUUAUCCAGUUUGUCGAUGGGUCUACGGCGAGACCACAGAACCAUUUGCAGCUGGACCGGGACCUAUUUCUGAGCUGAUGUCGACAAAGCUGAAGCGAGGGAAACCAGGGACUUGACUUCAGUCCAACUGGCGAGGCUUUUCCCAGAGACAACUACACAGUGUUUUCUGCAAUUUAUGACGGUUUUACUCAGCCAGCUCGGCAUAACGAUGACCAGCAAAGAGCGGCAUGGAUUAUGUCUUGCACGUGAUAAACAUAGAUAAUGUUCAAGUGAAGUAUUUGGUCAACUUUUUAGUAAUUUAGACUACAAGCAUUCAAAUCUUGGAGAACUUGGUCAAAGUUUUUGAAGGUUCAUACUUUGCAGUUGAGUGUGAAUUCUUUUAAAGACUUUCCAUUCUAUACAUACUUUUUAUAGUUACGGCAAGUGAACAUGAAUCUGCAAGAAAAGCUCUCGGGCCUGAAGGGUCUGGUCACACACUCUCAAAGCAAACGGCGCUUUAAAAGCGACCUCACAGUGGACAUGAUCAGCCCCCCUCUGGGUGACUUUCGCCACACGAUGCACGUUGGCCGAGGCGGUGAUGUGUUCGGGGACACUUCCUUCCUCAGCAACCAUGGCGGCUCAAACAAUGGGGGCAAUGGCGAAACGGAGUCAAUGUCCACACCGGACAAUAAGCUUGGAGCGUAUUUCUCCAGGAAACUGCAACAAAUCCGCAGGGGCUCUGACAACCGACCCAGGGAGGUAUCCAAGGAUGCAGGACUGCCACCCCCUGCCAUUUCUCCCAUUAUCAAGAAUGCAGUCUCCCUCCCAAGGCUGGACGUGGAUAUGUGUAACGGGAGUCCCAUCACCAAGGUGCUUUUUCCAAGUUCUCAAAGCACGCCAGGAGAAAGGACAAGUUCUUAUGGUUUGGAAUCUGGCUUUGUCACUCUUCCUCGUCUGUCCCGCUCUGAGCGCCAGCAGCCCUCCAUCUCCAACCCCGCCCCUUGCUCCUCCCACGUGCAUCGCGGCUCUCUGACCGACCCCACCGACGCCAAUUUAUCCACCGGCGCUACCACCGACCGCAAGUUCACCGCCUUCUCCGAUUCCCUCGGCUCCCUGGACACCUUUAACUUUGACCUGGGCCCCUCCCUCAUGAGUGAAGUUUUCGGCUUACUUGAGGGAGACAAUCCGGCCUGGGAGAGAGAGGACAUGGGGUCGGCGUGGGGGCUCACCAACGAGGGAUCGGAGAUGGACUCGGCCACGAUCUCGUACGUGGACUCCCUGCUGAGAGAGGACUGUGUGGGCGGGAAAAGUCCACACGUCACAGAAUGGGAUGACGACGACGUGGAGGUGAACGGAACGCCGAUGUCUGGGAGACUAGCAGAUACGCCGAGAGGAGGGUCACCCGAGCGGGCCAGUUUGGGCAUGAAAAUGGAGAGUGAGCGCUUCCAGAGUGCUGCCGAUGUGCUCGCACGCCAUUAUGGAGGUCAGGGCCUCUGGAAGGGACACGGCAGGGUGGAGGCGGCAGAUUCUGAGAUGAGGAGCGUGGGGCAGCUGAAGAAGAAAGUAUCCUACAGCUACACGGAUGAAGAUGAUGAUGAUGAAAUCAAAGUCUGACAGGCUUUAACACUAAACUCAAAAUAGGAUUGAAUUCUAACUAAACCAAUAAUCUCAACCUCAACAACUGGAUUCUUUAUUUAUACAGUGGGACCCGCUUAUGUUAAACAACUCAUGUAAUUACUUAAUUCGACGUUGACCAUUUUUAGGUCUUGUGGAAAAAUGUUGUAGUAUUGUUAACUUCAUUAUUGCUAAGCCACAACGUCACUACCAACUAGUUAAAGCAUUAAAUUGUGCGGACAGUGACUUCCUGUUCAGAGCAAAAUACACUUCAAAAUAAAAGCAUGGAGUCUACACCAACUUUUAAUUUUGUAGCUUGUUAACCACGGUAAUAAAUAUUUUUGCACGUACGAAAGUUUUAUUCUUGUCGUAGUCAAAACAUACAACACAAUUACUGUACUUUCCGGACAAAUUGUAAACCCUGCGGAUUAUUGCUGGAUUGCAAUCACGUGACCUAGAGGAACUUCCGGGUUUCAGGCGAUAGUCUAGAGUCAUAUUAGGCUACUGUUUAUUUACAUGCAUCAGUGCAAAUUUAGGUGUAUUUUGAAAGAUUAAGGGAAAAUAUACAAAAGAUCUUAAAAAAUAAAUAAAAUGGGAUGGAAUGGAUUUAUACACUCUUAAGAAAAAUAUUUUUUGAAAGAUUCAAACCAUUCAUCAUAACCAGACGUUACUGCUCGCUACGACCUCACUUCCUUGGACACAUGGAUUUAGAGAAGAAAAGACUGUAUUUUUCUUAGCAAACGGCAACAUUAUGGAUUGGAUUUCGCAAAGAAAUCAAACUGUACUAAAAUGAUCCACAACUGUUCAAAUUCAAAGUGCUUACAAAGUACAAGGAAUAAGAAUCCUGAUAAACAUAUGGAACUUUAUAUUAAAAAGAAUAGAAUAGAAGAUUUCUAUGUGAAUAUAAUAUCACAACGUACUGGUAUAUUUCUGCGGCUAAUAAUAUGUUGCAAAUUUAGUGGGUGCGGUUUAUAUGCUAAUGCGGCUUAUAGUCCGAAAAAUACAGUAUGCAUGCAAAAGAUUUUAAUGCCAGCAGAAUGACGACAAGGCAACGCCUUUGAUUGGCAUCUAGAAAACAGCGGGGUUGGUUGUCACACUCACAUCUUACCCUUAAAUUAAAUAAAUGAAUUGGGAUCAGAGCUCACUGACAUAGUCUUCUCUGGAAUAGGACGGCUGAACAUGAGAUAAAAACUUAUUGUAUUUUCAUGUUAAAUUGUAAAUAUUCAGCUGCUCAGUGUUUGAGUUUUGGACUUUUACAAUAUAAUCAAAAACAUUUGCCUAUGCAGAUAGUGUAACAACGCUAUUAUAUGUUUACAUUCUGCGUCACAAGCGCACUCCACAUGUCGCUACACAAUGCGCAAAGACUAUGUCACUUCCUGUCGACUUAUUUCGAUCAGUCAUUACGUUUGUGUACGCUGUCACCUGGUUUAAAAAUGUUUGUUGUUCUUUAUAAAACACUACAUACAAAACACAUCACAGUUGAGAACCACACAUAAUACUCACGACACUACACAAAAGCAUAUGAAAAUAUGCACAAAUGGAGGAAAACAAUGUCAACAAAGUGAAAUAGGUUUAAAAAUCCUUUAUUAGCAUUCAUUCUCUUUUAGAUAUGGCUAAAGUCUCAAGAAAAUGUACACGCAAUGCUUUGUUUUGAUUUGGGCUCUGUCGACUUAUGCCUACAUCGGUCUGAGGGACGUUGAGAUAAGCGAGUUCCACUGUACUUUAUAAUGAUGCAACAACACUUUGGCUGAGGAAACACUAAUGUCACUGGACAUAUAAGUCAUGCCCUUCAAUGUAUAUGCUAAACUUCCACCUGCAUGACAGGAGUACCUUGCACUUGUCUUAAAUCUAUAACGGAACAAAAUGAACACAAGCAGCGAGUUGAAAGAGGCCAUGUGGCCCAGGCCUAAAUUCAGAGAGGGGUUGCCAUCCAAAGUCACUUUUAUUCCAGACUUUUUGACUCAUAUCAGUUGAUAAUCCUGCAAUAUGAUAUGACCCAUAUGAUUAGUAUGUAAUGCAGACCUUUUAUAGAAAUACUAUGUGCUCCUUUAAUGAAGAGGAACUCGUAUAUGUUUUAAUAGACAAAUCAUAUUUCCUGUUAUUUACUUCCUAUACAAAUGUACAUGAAAAUAUCAACUGACCUCCCCUAUAAAUAUGUACUUACAAUAUAGCACCUUCAGUCCAAGUUUUAUAUGUAAAUAUUCAUCUCAGUGAGAAUAUAAUGCAAAGUUCUUUGAUUUCAGGAGUUCAAAUUUGGCUAAAAGGCUCAUUAAAGCUAUAGGGAAGUGUCGUUUAACAAUAUUCAACCACAUAUGAGAUACUGAAUUUGAGGCUUUCAUUAGCAAUAAGUCUAAAAAAUAUAUUGAACAUGUUCUCGAAAUAUUUCAUUUUCUUUAUUUGAACUACUGAAAUAAAUGAAUGUUUUCAAAAUAUUCUAGCUAGUUGAGAUACUCGUGUAAACAUCACACUAUGAUGUCAUUCAUUGGAAAUAAACAUGCUUUUUAUUUCAGCGUGGUGGAGACAUUGUGGGCCAGGAGCCCAAAUAAAUAUUUGAAGUCAA